AUGGGGAACUCUUAUCUGUGGAGUGAAGCUCAUAAACUGUCAAAUCUUCUCUCAGUAAAUAGCAAAGUAGGAAAUUUUAAAUCUUUCAUCUGCUAUCCAUCUCGUCCAAGCAUUCAUCCAUUUCGGUGCUGUUUAUCAGUUAAAAGUAUCAGCUUGACUUCUUCUGGCUGGCUGAAAAAUAAUCACUCUGUUAAUGACGCAAAGAAGAACUAUAUCCAUCACUUGAUCCUUAGUGCUCCAUUAGUAAUUAACAACUUUCUUCCUAAGGAAAUUUUAUUGAUUAGUGAGAGUGGUGGGCUAAAUCAUACUGUGAGAGUUUCAGAGGUGGAAACUUCUAUUUAUCAUAUUGAUCAUUCUCAUGAUCUAGGACUAGAGAUCUGCAUUGAUGGAUUUAAAUGUUGUUAUUUUAAGUUUCCUCGUUUAGAAACUUUAUGCACAAUGGCCAAGCUCGGUGCAACCAAGUUUUCAAUAUCUGAAACACUGAUAUUCGAACCAAAUAAUUCAAAUGGACAUAUUUCUGUUACGGUGGAAAAGGUGAUGGAUGCAUAUUCAGAAUUUUGGAGGGAUCUUGGCCGUAAAGUGCUUUGA